AGACUGCCUCCUUCUCAGGUUGUGUGGUCGUUGUUUACUUCUCACAAACAAUAGAAGCAGCCAAGCAGCAAGCACCAGAGACAACUCGGAUCUGAUCAAAGCCCCACACAACCCUCUCAACAGGUACAACAGCACACAGAAGCAAGUACGCAGUCAGUGAACCUUUACAACCUUGUGAAAUUAAUUCAUUUGAACCCGGUCAACAGUAACGGUCGUACAGCAGGGAUAGUUCACUGAGUGUUUGAACACUGAGUAGAAGAGAACUGCCACCGACAGACCCUGAACCAUGUCUAGUGGUCCACCGUCACCUUCGCAACAGGCAAAUGAAGGAUGCUUUUCACCAAAGGGCGGAGGGAGCAGCGGAUCAGAAGGUGGGGGUGGUGGGAGAGAGUUCUAUUCAGAAUCGUCAGGACGACCAGGGGGCGGUGGACGUGUCAAACUUUACCUGCACGCCGUGACUGAUGCACAAGCUGCCAGUCUUGUCAAUACAGGAAAUAACCACCCUCUCCAAGAAAUCAUAAUGAAGACAGGUGCGGAUGUACAGCUCGACCCUAAUCCAUCACCUGUACCAGGCAUGACGAUUGUCAUCAUUAAAGGUCUUCCAUAUCAGAUCGAGAUGGUUGUCAGGCUCAUUACUCUUAAGACUGGCGCUCAGGGGACCAUCUCAGAACAAGCUCAGACAUUCUGGCUCCAGUGGGUUGAGGCCUCGUUCCCUGAACUCGACUCACGCGCCUACUUCCUGCCUCCUGUCUACUUCAACCGCGUGCCAAUGGUAAGACAGUCUGUUGCUGGUCAGGAUGUUCUGGUCCUUCAGUCAACAUCUGGACAGGCCGAUCAGUGGAGAAAGAACAAGUUGUGUCCACCUGAAGUUGCCCUCCCCCGUCCUACUCCCGUGUAUAACAGCGACAUCAGAGAGGAUGCAGCCAUGCAGCGGGUUCUCUUCUGUCUGAAGGAAUUUUCUGAGCAGAACGGAGAGGUAAUGGUUGGAAUGAGUCAGCUUCAGUUCGGAGAAUACCUAGGUGAACCUUGCUAUGCUGCAGCGGCUGCCCAACUACCUGUAUCCAAGACAUUGCCUAACUCUUCUUCACGAGAUAGACAGGGAGACUUUGAUGUGCUUAUCAUUCACAAACUUUACGGUUUUGUUGUCUGUGAAGUGAAAUCUAUGGGUGAUAAAAUUAAUCAGUUUACUUCAACAGACGAGGAAUUCGAUAAUACCAUUAGAAAGAAAUUACUAGAGGCCGUGUCACAGCUGGACAAGGCGGAGGCCAUGUUGUCUCACCUGGUGUCUGAUGUCUGUCCCGGUCUGCGCAUCACUAAGACCAUCGCUUUCCCCAACCUCACAGCUUUUCAGGUAGAAAAGGCCAUCACUGACCACCAUGACUUGAGUCCGACCUUGUGUCGGUGUCUACAAACAACAGACCACACCUCCAUCGCUGGUCUGUGUCUGUGCUGUGACCAGUUGUCUGCCCCCAAGGCACCGUGUGACGUCAGUAGUCACGUGCUGAGGGAACUGGGACACUGGUGGCAGCGACGUGUGGCUGGGGCUGGACCUGACAGUGACGUGACACCUGGGGUGUACAAGACACUGGUAGCCAGGUGAGUAUUACAAAUAAUUUUAGCACAGUUACGUUAAACAUAGACAAUAUACAAUAAUAGUAUUAAAACAUCCUAGUUUAGAGUUAGUUGAGGGUUAAGUAUGUCUACAUUACAGUUUGAAACAGACUUUAUAUGCAAACUAGUAUUUUUUUACAUUUGUCUUUUAUAUUUCUGAGUAACAGAAGUAGCUUAAAUAUAUUAUUGUCCCCUUCUUUGUGCAAAAGGUUCAUCAAAGUGUUUAUCAAUCGUUGUAGAUUCUGUGGUCCAGCGACAACAGUGAGUGUGCCAUGCACAUGUCCUCCACGUGUGAGUGUCAAGACCCUGGGUCAGGCCGUGUGGUGGACAGGAGAGUGCUAUACUGCUGUUAUCACACUCUUCCCGGAGCAAGUUCAC